AUGAUGAUCAUAUCAACUGCCUGUGCGUUUUUCCCCGUACACGUGCUCUAUAUUGGUGAAAACCCUGACAUAUUGCUGAACGCAUUUUUCAUGAUGAUCAUAUCAACUGCCUGUGCGUUUUUCCCCGAACACGUGCUCUAUAUGGUGAAACCCCUGACAUAUUGCUGA